GGACCUUUCAAAUCCUUCUUUCUUUUAUAUUCUAUACCAUUACUCAUUAUCCAACUAUCCACAAAUACAUGAUGCAGACUUCCACAUCUCGCCUAUUGCUCCUCCUUCCUCGAACUAGGCUUCGUGCACCGUUAAAGGCUAAUGCUGUGUUUUUUAAUGCUUUCUCUAAAGCGUGCUGUUCUAGUUCUACAAGGUCCAUUAUCACCACCAAUCCACGGGAACAACAUCGAGAUGAAACCGGUGCGAGGACAUGCCCAUCCAAAUCAGCGGCUUACAAACCAUCCUCAUCCUCUUCGCUCCCGAUCACUUCAGGUCAGUUCUGGUCCGAUCCAAGAAUCUGGAAGACAGCAUCUGUCAAUACAUUUCGUUGUCUGGUCGGAUGCACACUUGGAGACAUGUCGAUGCUAUUCUAUCUCCAGUCGGCACACCCGGACCUAUCGCCGGGUAUUGCGAUGGCCCUAGCAAUGAGUUCCGGUAUUUUGACCUCGAUCAGCUUGGAGACAAUAUUGCUGCGAUUUUCAAGAGCUUCUAAUAUGCCGUGGAGAGAAGCCUUCAAAACGGCGACAGGCAUGUCUUUGAUUUCAAUGCUGACAAUGGAGGCUGUUGAGAAUGCCGUAGAUUAUCAUUUGAUGGGAUGGGGUAACGUGAAUCUGUCUGAUCCAAUCUUCUGGAAGGCGGUAGGAUACAGUGCUUUGGCAGGAUGGUCUGCGCCGCUACCUUUCAAUUACUGGAAUUUGAAGCGACAUGGUAAAUCAUGUCACUGAAGAGCUUAAUAAAAUAAUAAAAACAUUUCCACUAUUGC